CACACAGAUUAGCGAGACAGACUGAGCUCCAUCAGCAACACAAGCCCCCAUGGAUCGACUGCUGUGUGACUGUGUGAUGAUAGCUGUGGCUGUGCUGCUGUGUGUGGCUACACAGGUGUUCAGCCAGCUGUGUGACAGGCCCUGCCUUUGCCCCAGUUCUGUCCCCCAGUGCCCCUCAGGAGUCCCACUGGUGCUGGAUGGCUGCCGCUGCUGCCAGGUGUGUGCCCGCCAGCGAGGUGAGCCCUGCACUGAGAUGUUUCCCUGCGACAGCCAGAGAGGACUGCAGUGCGACUACAGCGCCAGCUUCCCUGGAGACGCUGGGGAGUGUGUCGGUCAGGAGGAUCUGCGCUGUGAAGUCAACGGCAUCACUUACCACGAGGGCCAGUCGUUUCAGCCCUCCUGCGACACUUACUGCCACUGCAGAGGUGGAGGGGUGAGCUGUGUGCCAGCUUGCCCUCUGAAUGCCCGUCUCCCCACUCCAGACUGUCCCAACCCACAACAUAUCCGGCUACCAGGGAAAUGCUGCAAGGAAUGGGUGUGUGAAAACCUUGAGAACACGGUCAUUCAGGAUGCCAUCACAGCCAUGAGACCUGGCAGGUUGUGGCCAGCUCUCCCGAUGGAUCACCCUUUAAACAAACUGGUCCAACCGGCCUCCACCUGUGUAGAGCAGAGCACCCAGUGGAGCGCCUGUUCUCAGAGCUGUGGGGCUGGAGUCUCCACCCGGGUUUCUAACCAGAACCCAGCCUGCAAGCUGCAAAUGGAAACUCGACUUUGUAAAGUGCGGCCAUGCCACACAGUUCAGCCCGCCGCAAGGAAACCCAUGUGGGGACGGCAGGGACGCUGUAAAGCCAGCUACAUGUCACCGGGCCCCAUUCGGCUCAUUCACCAAGGCUGCUACAGCACUCGUGCCUACCAUCUGCGGUACUGCGGACAGUGCACUGACUCCCGCUGCUGCACGCCUUAUCAAACCACCACCGCUGAGGUGACCUUCCACUGUCCCUCCGGCAGACUGAUACAGCGACCUGUGAUGAUGAUCCACUCCUGUGUCUGUCAUAACAACUGCCCCUACGCACCUUACAGUAACCCGGCUCUGUGGGGAUUCAGACCCUGAGCUGAGAUCGACCUCUGUGAGCACAGAUGCACCCAGAACAGUAAGACUUCACUGGUUCGGCUCACCGGGUGGAUACACGACUAAUUGUAGAUAAAAACUGUGAUUGAGUCGGGAUGAACGUCGAUUUUCACACAUGUAGAAUCUCAAUCUGCACUUAUUCACAACGUCCUUUUUGCUUCCACACCUUGGGAGGCCAUUAUACUGGUGACACAUAAGUAAAAGAGUGCUUCACAGAAAGAAGAAAAUGCAAAGGAAUACAGGAGACAGAUAAGUUAAAACAAGAGGAAGUAAAUGUAUAACCCACAAAGUCAAAGUUACAGAAUCAUAAGUGGGUUUUAAGAAAAUUAUGCACUGAUUUGCCUUCUCUGAGACUCUUAUUUCUAGAGGUCAGAGGGCACAACAACUCAUUAAGUACAAAUCAAGUGGCAACCUCUGGGGCAAAAAAAAAAAUGUAGCCAAGUGCCAAAAACUGCAGUUCCUCAAAUGGCCACAUGAGUCCACUCCCAUUGUAGAUCCCGUUGUUAAAGUGCCCAACUAUAUGCACAACGUGAAUUUCCCAAGUCGGACAUGCUCCUGGAUCAACAUCCCACAUCUUACUCUUACUCCAAGACCAACAUUGCAAUCAAUUACACCCGCAUACAAUUGAACAAAAACCUUGUGAGUGACUGCAGGGUUAGAGAGUUAGCUUGCUAACUAGGUAGGCUAUGCUAACGAGCAAACUUGCCAAUAGGCUAAAAUAUUGUUCAUCAACAUCAAGAGAAAUGAUAAUGUCAUUUUGUAGUUGCAAAGACCUGUGAAGGACAGAUGUCCCUCCUUUUUAAUGCCCUAUUUGAAAGUAUUUUUUUGCAAGAUUGCAAGCUAACUCUAACCCUGCAGUAGCUCACAAGGUUUUUGUUCAGUGCUGCUGAGGAUUAUGUUUAAUUGUAUUAUCUUCAAUUCGGAAAACUAGCUUAGCUCCGAAGAAGCACAAAGGAAUAUUGAAAGAAGCCCAGGAGUAGCACACUGAUGAUGUCAGAGGGCUGUGAUUGGUUGAUUCCAAUGUUGGUCCUGGAAUGCGAUGCAUGCGAGCAUUUCCUACUUGGCAAAAUCACAUCAUGCCAAACUAUAUAGCAGAAAUAAACAUGUUUACAUCCUGGUACUGUGAGUCAGAUCCCCUCCUCGCUCCUCCACAGCUCCGCCCUCACCGUCAAAUAUGGUCUCUUCUGGUUCCAAGAAACCAAGACGGCAACGGCCAAAAUGCCAAACUUUAGGCUUCAAAACGGGAGUCCACAAACAAAUGGAUGACGUCAUGGUGGUUAUGUCCACUAUGUUGAUACAGUUUAUGUUACAGAGGUGCCUGAGUAUGUAAUGCCUUGUAUGGCAAAGUGACAGGGAGCCAGUAGAGAGAAACUAAAGUUGGCAUCAUUUGUGAUCUAUAUUAAUUUUGGUGAAAAGAGUUCUGGACGGUUUUCAGUCAAGAUAGAGAAAACUUGAUUACAGUGACGAUGGUAUUGGUGACUUUUUCCAAACCUUAAGGUUAAAGUUAUGGUCUCAAUGUUGGAAUGUUUCUUAGUUGGAAAAAGCAGAACUGAACUUGUAGUAUGUAGCUCAAAAUUUAGCUUGAGGUUAGAGGUAAUCCCAAGAUUUUUUUCACACUAGGUUAAAAAUAUUUUGGGCAAGUGGGACAGAUAUCUUAGUACUUAUGCAUUAUCAUAACUGGACCAAGAAAAGAAUUUAUUGUAAUUUAAAUCAUUUUUUCACUGAAAAAAACCUCUAAGAUUUGAAUUGAGGACUGUUGGCCAUAAUGUUUAUGUGGUCAUAAAGAUAUUUUUAAAGAGCAAAUUUCAAUGACUUUAAUAUGUUGAUUUGACACAUAAUGACCCCAGCCUUUGUGUUGACAGAUAUUUGAUUUCUGACGUGAACAAUGCAACUUUAAACUUGUACAGUUAUGUUUGUGUGUUUGUAGUCACAUGACUUUGCACUUAUUUCUGUAUUUUCUGUUUUGUUGUAAAUAAUUCUGGACAGAUGUCUCUUUAUGUACAGUGAAAAAAUGUCUCAAUAUUUUACACCUCUUGCAUUUUUACUCUCAAUUUUUGAAAUAUAUUUUGUCAUAUUAUAGUGUAUACAUUUAUAUAGUCAUGUUGUAAAUACUGCAGCUUUUACCAAUGUUUUCUUUCAUCAUUCAUACAUAAGUAUUGUACAGUACACUUCUUCCUUUUACUGAUGAGCUUUUAAAAAGUUGUUUGAAGU